ACACAAAGUGCCCGACUCGGAUGGAGUGAUCAGCCCGCUGCCAUGCACUCUUUCCCGUAGUUGUCACGGGCUGCUGGCAUACGUGGAAAAACACUCACUCCCGCUUAUGAGACCAGUUGCAACACGGAAUGACAUGAAACGAGCACCGCUACUCACCGGAGCUAACUUUUUUCCACACUGCUGUUUUUUUCUCUCCCGAUUCGGCUAGUUUUCUAGCUGCCUGAGCUAACCGUAAACCGGGCUGUUUUAAUGUAAUUAGCCACACGACUUCACUAUCGUGCACAAGGAUCUUUCGGCUCAUGAGGAAUCGACGAACACACGUCUUUACUGGGUUUUGAGGCCGACGACACUAAAAUGAAGAAACAGUUUAAUCGGAUGAGACAGCUCGCCAAUCAAACAGUUGGCAGAGCGGAGAAAACAGAAGUCCUCAGUGAUGACCUGUUACAGAUUGAACGCCGUAUGGAGUUGGUGCGGGUCGUUUCGCACAACACGCACAAAAAAAUGGCUGUGUGUUUGCAGGGGCAGAUUGGCACUGAUGCUGAGAAGAGACAUAAAAAGCUUCCACUGACAGCGCUGUCACAGGCCAUGCAGGACGGUGGGAACCAGCUGGGGGAGGAGUCUCUGAUUGGGAAGAUGAUGGAGAUGUGUGGAGAUGCGGAGAACAGACUGGCCUCAGAGCUGAUGCAGCAUGAGAUGAACAUCGAGAAGGAAAUCUUAGACCCCCUUAAUCAGCUAGCAGAGUUUGACAUUCCUAACAUCCUGAAACAGAGGCGGCAGUUAGCCAAGCUGGUUCUGGACUAUGAUUCUGCCCGGGCAAGGUGGUUGCAGGCGACCAAGUCAAUAAUCUCAGGAACAAACACACAAGCACUGACAGCCAAAGCAGACUCGCUUAAAGAAGAAGUUGACGAAGCUAUGAACAAAAUGGAGCUGUGUAAGGAUCAGCUUUCAGCAGAUAUGUACAACUUCUUCUCAAAGGAGGCAGACUAUGCCCGCUACUAUGUAAUGUUAUUAGAGGCGCAGGCGGAUUACCACAGAAAAUCUCUCACCUUGCUCGAGAGCGUCCUGCCAAACAUUCAGGCUCAACAAGGUGACGACACACAUUCUUGAUGUUUCUAAGAACCUAAAAAUUAUAUCAGUGAAACCUUUUAGUGAAUAAUGGGCAAAUGUAAAAACACACUGCAUGUUUUUGAAUUACUGGCGACGUGCACAGUGCUGAUAAAUAAAGUUGUCAUUCACUUUUU